AUGGGGAGCAGCCAUCGUUUGUUUCUCUUGGUAUUACUCUUUACUUGUCUUGUUGAUCAUGUUGUUCCGUCGUCUUUCUCUCCGGCGAAAGAAGCUGUUGGUCCCUUUAAUUCCAUAUACAGUUUCGGAGAUUCUUCAUCAUCAAUUGCUGAUCAUAUUGCUGAAACACUCAGUUUGCCUUCUCCCCAACCGUACACUCAACAAGGUACCGAGUUCUUCGAGUCUGGACUGAGUUUUGCGACGCCCGGAGCAACCAUCAUGAAGCCCUUUUUCUUCCUCAAAAAUGGCAUCCCAGCGCCUCCACAGUCACAUGACCUAUCUCAGAUUUCUACCUUCAUGAGGUUCUUCUAUGAAGACUGCUUCUCUUUUCAUGACUGCGGCAGAAAUAACAAGGUUCUUCCGAAGGCGCUCAUCUUUAUGGAUCAACCCGGCAUCAAUGAUUACAAGCAUGCCUUCUUACAUGGAAAAUCUAUUUCAGAGGCGUCCCUUCUCGUGCCUGAAGUGGUGGAGACUAUUAAGAAUUCAAUAGAAAGACUCAUCAACGAAGCUGGAGCCAAAACUCUCAUGGUUUCUGGAAUUCUACCUGUGGGCUGCUUUCCUGGUUUUAGGACUCUGUUUCCCGAGGGCGAUUCAAUUGGUAAAAACAGAUGCCAUAAGGGAUUGAAUAUGUUUUCGAAGCUUCACAAUGAUCACCUAUGGCAAGCAAUUCUGGAGCUGCGUUUAAAAUACCCUGAUGUUCACAUCAUAUAUGCAGAUUACUACAAAUCAUUCAUGGCUGUUCUUAAAAAUCACGCGUUCCUGGGAUUCAAGACGAAGACUUUGAUGAAGGCAUGUUGUGGAAGUGACAACGGUCCAUUCAAUUUUGAUGCACAGAAGCAGUGUGGAGAGGAAAGGGUAGCUGUAUGUUCUGAAAGGGCUUCAUAUUUAUAUUGGGAUGGAUUUCGAUUGACACCCGAGGCUUUGGAGAACCUGAUCGAUACGCUGUUCAGCAAAAAAGGAUUUGUAUUCCCAGAAUUGACGGUUGGAGAAGAAACAGCAGCAGCAGUAACAAGGCGUCAUUCCAGGAUUCUUGCACGAGUUGGAGGCAUAUCUUCUGUUAUUAGGCAUUUACUCUUCGUCUAA